CCCCUAGAAAGCUUGACAGUUGCAGCGAAUAUGCUUGGAUGGUGUUCAGGAACAAGAACAAAGAAAUGAACUGGGGUGCUCCGUUAGCUAAGGCGACUGAACAGAACCCCUAGUUGCUGUGCUUAUAAUAUGCUUUAAUUAACUCCUUGACACACCUUAAUACUCCUACCUUCAAUUAGACUUACCACCUUUAUCAACACCUGCAAACCGUUAAGAAUUAGUUUACUGCACUAUUCAAGCAGAACCGUCACUAAACAUAUUUAGUAGUAUGAACAGAAAAUGAAGUUUAAAAUAAAACAUAAAAUAUCUAAAUUAGUUGCUUUGAAAGAGUGCCCAAUUCACCAUGCAGGCAAUACUGCUGUAUUAUUAGGCAGCUUCUAAAACUAAACUCUUGCAUACAUUUGCCAUCCUAUCACUAUCAAUUUUUUUUAAGCAGGCGUUGGCUGAAUAGUAAUCAACACUUAACUAUCUUUUGGUCCUUUCAGAAUAAAUAAACAAAUAUUUUAAAUAAUUUGACUCUGUGUUGUACUGCACGAUCAGUGUUCAAUUAUUCCUUUAAGUGCUUCCCUGCUAGUUUUAAACCGUUAUAAUUAUUUCUCUGAAAAUGUCCCUUUGCACUUCAGAAAAAGGAUCUAAGAGGGAGAUAAGGCAGUAAUGAGAAGUGUUUGGAUGGUGCCCAAAACAAGGAUUAGAUUUACAAAAUAAGUGCUAACAAAUCGAUAGCUAAACUAUUUGGCACUUAUACCAAACUGUUGGUUGACAAAAGCGCUGUGCACUGCGGUAGGCUGUGUUGAUACUUGUUUAUACAAGCUCACCAAGAGAAAGGCCUUGUUGUUGAAAUAGAUUCAUCGCCGUCAGCAUCCAGACAGUUCAGGGAAACAAUUACAAAGGAGAAUUGAAUGCUUGGUUACAUAGCCAAAAGUGUAGAGUUCAAAUCCAAGGAGGUUACAGUGAGGUUGUUAAUGCACUGAUGAGACACACCUAGAGCUCUGUGUCCAAUUCUGGUCACCACAGUACCAAAGGGACAUUGUGGUCCUGAAGUGGGUCUAACAAUGAGCAACCAGACUUAAAGGAUCCCAGGGCUUAAAGGAAUUAGCUAUGAAGAUAGGCUGAAAGAACUGAAUCUAGAACAAUGAAGAAUUAGGGGACACACGAUUGAAGUCUUCAAAAUCUUAAAAGGAGUUGACAUAGUUAACCAAAAUCAAUACUUUAAGCGCAGUAUAGAAACCAGUACCAGAUAACACAGUUGGAAAUUAAGUGAAGUUAGACUUAGGACAGAGGAAAGGAGACAGGUCUUCAUGCAGAGAGUGGUGAUGGUAUGGAAUGGGUUACCUAUUCAUGUUGUCGAGGCAGAAUCACUUGGAUCCUUUAAGACCCAACUUGAGAAGGUUUUAAGAUCAAUCAGCUAAAUGGGCUGAUUGGCCUCCACUCAUUCAUACAUUUUCUUAAUGUCUAUGUCCUGGAGGAGGAAAAUAGAAACCCAAAGGACCUUAUAUUGAUAUUGAUACUGACCGAAAGGGAAUUCCACAAAUGACUAGUGCUGAUGUCUUCUGGUCAACUAGUGGUUUGCUGGUUUUCAGCUGGUGGUGCUGGUUCAGUAAACUUAGUGUUGGCUGAGGAGCUGAUAAACCUGGUCCAAAAAAAAAAACCUGGUCUAUUAAAAAUCCAUUUACAGUAAAAUUCUAAAGUCAAUAGUUUUUUGUCUAUUCUCCUAAGUUAAUUGAAUGCUGUAACCUUGUCUGUUCAAACAAGCACAUUUUACUGACAGCAACAAGAGGGAGACUUGUGUUGCCCGAGUGUUUCUUAUGUGACCAUGCUGGUCAACAUGAUGUCAACAACCCGACGACAAGCCAGCAACGAUCCCCACAGGGAGCUGGUAAGAUGCCAUUCAAUAUUUGUUCCAGUUUCCACCUCAUAAUUGGUCACCAGCUCCCCAGCAGUUGCUGGAAUUUUUUUACAGGGACACACAACAUAUAAUUAAUUUAAUUAAGGGGCUUGCAAGUAAAUUGAUUGUUAUUCAUUUUUUGUAGCACUGUAGCAUUUUGCUAAUACAAAUCCAUCUCAUAGUGUUUAAGUAAUGAUAACGAAGAGCCCAAUAAAUUAGCAGUCCCUGUGCCAUGUGUAGAUUUAUUCCAUUCAUCCCAUCUCCUCAAGGCUCUAUGAUGUCACAGAGGCAAAGUCAAACAAGAUAAAACCUUCCCUUGCAGGACAGUUUCUCAUUAUCGGUCUAUCCCUGGAGUAUCUCUCUGUGUGCCUGAUUUAGGUUGUGCUGUGAAGUCUUGUGACAAUGGUGUUUUCCUUGGCUGGCAUCUCGCUGGCAUCUGUAGUGGCUGCCUUGGUCAUCUUCAAGCUCCUGAAGAGUGUGGUGGGCCCGUCACCAACCACACUGCCCUGUCUGCCUUCCUUUCCCAUCGUGGGCAGCCUGCUCAGCCUGGGAGGCACCACCCCUCCCCACCUUCUCUUCACCAGGCUGGGGUGCAAGUAUGGGGGCCUCUUUGGUCUGUACUUGGGGCCCCACUAUACUGUGGUGAUCAACAAUUUCAAACACGCCAAGGAGAUCCUGCUGCGCAAAGGGAAGGUGUUCGCUGGGAGACCCCAUAUGGUGACAACAGCUCUGCUGAGCAGGGAUGGGAAAGACAUUGCAUUCGCUGACUACAGUCCGCUCUGGAAGUUCCACCGCAAGUUGGUACACUCUGCAUUCACUAUGUUUGGAGAGGGCACCAGCAAACUUGAGACCAUCGUUUGUCAGGAAGCCUCCAGCCUGUGCUCCUUUUUGAUGGAUAAUCUUGAAACCCCGCUGGACCCGGGACUAGGCCUGUCCCAAGCCGUCACCAACGUGGUGUGCGCCCUCGUCUUCAACUCCAAAUACCAGCCGGGGGACAGCGAGCUCCAGAGCGUGAUGGACUACACCAGCGGCAUUGUGGAAACCAUCGCCAGAGGAAGCCUAGUGGACAUUUUCCCGUGGCUUAAGGUGUUUCCUAAUAAAGACUUAAAGAAACUGAACAAAUGCAUUCAAGUGCGAGAUGAGUUGUUAACACAGAAACUGGAGGAACACAAGGCUACUUACUGUAUGUCUGAGACACGGGACCUGAUGGACGCCCUGCUCACAGCCCAGCGUGGCCCCAUGGAGAGCCGAGGCCUGGAGGAGACUAGUUUCAGUGAUGAUCACGUUCUGAUGAUUGCAGCUGAUGCCUUCGGUGCUGGAGUGGAAACCACGGCAACCACUCUCAAGUGGAUGAUAGCCUUCUUGCUUCAUCACCCUGAGGUUCAAAAAAAGAUCCAGCAAGAAAUUGAUGAACAGAUCGGAUGGAAUCGCCACCCAGGUCUGUCAGACCGGAGGCUGCUGCCGUACUUGGAGUGCACACUGAACGAGGUACUGAGAAUAAGGCCGGUAGCCCCUCUGCUUAUCCCUCAUGUGGCCUUGGAAAAUACCAGUAUCGGAGAACAUGUCAUUCCUAAAGGUACACGUGUGGUUGUGAACAUGUGGUCCAUUCACCACGACCCCCGGGAGUGGGAGGAUCCUGACAGCUUUAUUCCGGAGCGUUUUUUGGACAGCAAAGGGCAGCGUUUCUCUCCCCCAGCUUUCAUCCCAUUCGGCGCAGGGCCCCGGGUCUGUAUUGGGGAAUCUCUGGCUAAGCUGGAGCUGUUUCUCUUCACCAGCUGGCUGCUCCAGCAUUUCAGCUUUUUCUGCCCUCCCGGGGCCCCCCUGCCCAACCUUGAGGGGAGAUAUGGGGUAGUCCUGCAGCCACAAAGUUACAGGGUGUGUGUCCGUUCACGUCAUGACUGGAGAACCAAAAACAAGGAAUAAAACACCCACAGUUCAGCAUGCUACUGAAGGGGUGCGCCAAUGGACAUGUCCUUGUAUUGGGCAGAAAUACCUAUAUACAGGUGUAGUCAAAAGUUUACAUACCCCAAUGGAAAUUUUUAAUUUCUAGAAAUUUCUCUAAAACAACGAAUUUUAGGAAAAAUCGU